GGAUGAUAUCUGCGCAUGCUCAACAGUACGUUUACGACGACAUUGAGCCUGAGUGGUUGUGAUCGAAUAUGAUCGAUGUACCUCUGAUUUAUUUGGUACCGGCUUUGUAACUAUAGUUCAUACCAACAUGAGCUUGUUUAGGCUGUCAGGUUUCUUAGCUGGGCGACGUAAAAUUAUACAAAAGGUUUUACCAUGCCUCUGUAGUUAUUCCAGCUCAUCAGCAACACAUCAGGUUGAUGUGAAAGAUAUGCGUAAUAUUGGUAUAUCUGCACAUAUUGAUUCUGGUAAGACGACAGUAACAGAAAGAAUACUUUAUUACACUGGGAGGAUUGAAGAAAUGCAUGAGGUGAAAGGAAAAGAUAGAGUAGGAGCAACGAUGGAUUCCAUGGAUCUGGAACGGGAAAGAGGUAUCACUAUCCAGUCAGCUGCAACUUAUACAACGUGGAAAGGAAAACAUAUCAAUAUCAUUGACACUCCAGGCCAUGUCGAUUUCACUGUGGAAGUGGAAAGAGCAUUACGUGUGCUUGAUGGUGCAGUUUUAAUAUUGUGCGCUGUAGGAGGUGUGCAGAGCCAAACAUUGACAGUCAAUAGACAGAUGAAAAGAUACAAUGUACCUUGUGUUGCAUUUAUAAAUAAAUUAGACAGAAUGGGGGCCAAUCCUGACAGAGUAGUGAGUCAGCUGAGGUCAAAGUUAAAUCAUAAUGCAGCAUACUUACAGUUACCGAUUGGUGUGGAAAACAAAUGCCAAGGAGUUGUUGAUCUUAUAACUGAGAGGGCGCUCUACUUUGAAGGAGAAUAUGGAAAUGAAAUUCGACAAGAUGACAUUCCAAGUGAGAUGCAGGCUGUCUCUCGAGAUAAGAGACAAGAACUUAUAGAAUCAGUGGCUAAUGCUGAUGAAGAGUUAGGAGAAAUGUUUUUAGAAGAAUUGCAACCAACACAACAACAGAUUAAGGCUGCCAUCAGGAGGUCAUGUCUAAAGCGAGCAUUUACUCCAGUAUUAGUCGGGACAGCAUUAAAAAAUAAAGGAGUACAGCCAUUGUUAGAUGCAGUGGUGGAGUAUUUACCAAAUCCCUCACAAGUCGAUAAUUAUGCUAUCUCAAUGGAAGAUGAUAGCGAGGAGAAUAAAAUUCGAAUGAGUCCUGCUAGAACUGCUGACGAUCCAUUUGUAGGAUUGGCAUUUAAACUAGAGGCUGGACGUUUUGGUCAGUUGACAUAUGUACGUGUCUACCAAGGUAAUCUCAAGAAAGGUGACACUAUGUUUAAUACACGAUCUGGUAGGAAAGUGCGUGUACCUCGCUUGGUGAGAAUGCACUCCAACCAAAUGGAGGAUGUGAAUGAAGUAUUCGCAGGAGAUAUUUGUGCAUUAUUUGGAGUGGACUGCUUUAGUGGAGAUACAUUUGUAACCAACCCUAAACUCUCAUUGUCAAUGGAGUCAAUGUUUGUUCCUGACCCUGUUAUAUCAUUGUCAAUGCGACCAGAGAAAAAGCAAGAUUCUGAUAAUUUUGGUAAAGCCAUUGGCAGAUUCACGAAAGAAGAUCCAACAUUUACAGUUCAUUAUGAUGUAGAAAGUAGAGAGACCAUUGUAUCAGGUAUGGGUGAAUUACAUUUAGAGAUUUACGCACAGAGAAUGAAGAAUGAAUAUAACUGUCCUGUAAUUACUGGAAAACCUAAAGUGGCUUUUAGGGAAACACUAAUUAGAGGUGUACCGUAUGAAUAUCAACAUAAAAAGCAAACUGGUGGUGCUGGGCAGUAUGCUAAAGUUAUUGGAGAGUUUGAGCCUCUUCCUGCGGACUCGUACACCAAGCUUGAGUUUGAAGAUUUAACCGUAGGUACAAACGUACCUAAGCAGUAUGUUGCAUCAGUGGAGAAAGGUUUUCGUGAAGCGUGUGAGAAAGGUCAUCUCAUUGGACAACAGAUAACAGGUGUACGAAUGAAACUCGUAGACGGUGCACAUCAUGCAGUGGACUCAAGUGAUUUGGCAUUUCAGUUGGCUGGGAAAUAUGCUGUCCAACAAACUUUCAUGCAUGCUCCAUGUCAAAUAUUGGAGCCGAUAAUGACGAUUGAAAUCAAUGCACCAGAAGAAUUCCAAGGAUCCGUUUUAGCAGGUGUGAAUCGAAGACACGCUGUGAUCAUCGGUACUGAUGCCAGUGAGGGUUACUUCACAUUGUAUUGUGAGGCUCCUUUGAAUGACAUGUUUGGAUACUCAACUGAGUUACGUUCCCAGACACAAGGGAAAGGAGAAUUCAGUAUGGAGUAUUGUCGAUACCAACCUACAAGACAAUCACUUCAAGAUGAACUUGUACAUCAAUAUCAGCUUGAAACAGGACAAAUUAAAGAAAAAUCUGCCAAAAAAUACAAAAACUAGAUAAUAAUUUUUCCUGACUGCAUAAAUGUCUCACAUACUGGUGUUGGCUUUAUGUUAAAUUCCUGCCACAUUUUCUCAUGGAAGAAGAAAGAAUAUUAAGGAUUUAUCAUAGAUAGAGUUAUCCCUGUACAUGUGUCACAUCUUAAAAAUGAAAUAAAGUUGGUCCAUCUGUAUUCCAUCAGUUACAUGGUACAGUCAUGUU